AUGGCAGAUCCAGACGACCGGUCCUCCGCGGACGUGCAAGCUUCCAGCGAUGAGGAAACCGUGAAGGCCGAGAGGGAGGAAGACGGCAUCGUCGGCCUUUUGGACGACGAAGAAACUACGACCGACGAAGCCUCCCCAGCAAUCGGGAACGGCGCUAUAUCAAAUCGCUACCGCCAGAUCCUCCGAGAGCAAGCCGAUGAUGUCUCCGAAGAGGGAUCAGUGGAUGCGGCGCCAAAGCGCGUGGGAAGUCCGAUCGAUUCUCUGAUGUCUGUACCUGACGAUUCGCCGUCCGGUUCUGUGAUCUCUUCUCCUAGCAGCAGCGUACUUCCAUCCGUGGCCUCGCGGCCAGGUCUUAGCAGUCCCAGUCCCUCGUUCCGACCAUUCGACCGCCGCUUUCAGUCCCGCAUAUCCUCCGCCAGCUUCAUCAACAGUCCGAGAUCCUCCUCACCCGCCUUCCUCUCCGGCCACAGCCGAUCCGCAUCCUUGAGCUCCGGGCUACUCGAUCGCGACGAUACCGAUACUCCAUCACCACCCUGGGAGGUUGUCCGAUGGACGAGAUUGAAGAAACUCAAUGGCCAAGCCUUCUCCGAGGCCGGGAAACGCAACUUCGGCACCCCGACUUGCAUCGCCGUCUCCGCCUCGAUUGUGCUGGGGACCAGCAAGGGAAUAAUAUUAAUGUUUGAUUACAAUCAGAUCCUGAAGACCAUCAUUGGGCCAGGUACCAAGGCCGUGGAGUCGGGCGCCAUCACGGCGAUCGCUGUGUCGGCAGAUCAUACCACCAUCGCAGGAGGACACGCGGACGGAAGCAUAUUCACUUGGGAAGCCCACCGCGCGUCUAGGCCGUUCCUGUCCAUACCGCAUCUGGAUCAGUCACAACUGCAGAAUCGAACUGCGGAUGGGCAUCUUCCCGGCGUCGCGGUCACUCACCUCGGAUUUCUUGGAACCAGGCACACUGCACUCGUGUCGGCGGAUGACCGCGGUAUGGCCUUCUCCCAUCUUGCAACGAGAGGAACCGGCUCUCUAGGCCGCACCGUCAAGACAACAAGGAUUCUUGGACGAUACCCGAACGCAGCGCCUCCCACUGGCAAGCCGCUCAAGCCUAGCACUGUGCUGGCUUUCAGUCCCUUGCCUCUUGGUAACACAGAGCGUGCCACAGACACGAUGGGCCUGACGGCUAUGCUGACGCCCUAUUUGUUGGUGAUUGUAUCUACAACGCCAGUUGCUCAAACGCAGCACAAAUCAGCGAGACCCAAAGACGUCGCCCAUCAUAGCGCGAUGACCGGAUGCUUGGCGUGGUUCCCCGCGGUGAAGCUUAAGGUUCCAGAUCCCGUUACAGGCAGCGACAUUUCCAAAGUCAAAUUGGUGUACUGCUGGUCCAACGUUCUAACAGUUCUGGACGUCGACGAAGUACCGGCAGAAAACAAGGACAAGCCGCCGACACUCAAGUUCAAGGCACGCAGUAGGUGGAAGUGCGAAGAGGCCAUUGUCGCAGUCCAAUGGCUUAGUCGUUCCGUUCUCACCGUCUUGACUAUAACACAGCGCUUGAUUGUGGUUGAGGACCGGAGCAUGCGUAUGACUGAGGGCUUCGAUCUCAUCAAUAAGUUCAUCUAUCAUUCCGACCUGUUUUCGAAGCAGCUACACAACCUGGUGGAGCAACUGGACGAGGACGAUACGUCUAUGCACGGUGUCGUAGCUGACGCCUUUUACAUGAGCUUCAAGACGUACAAGGGCAAAAUUUUCCUGCUCGGCUUCAACGAUGUGUCCAUUGGCUCUUUGUCGAACUGGGCCGACCGCAUCAUCGCUCUUAUGGAGAACGGGGACUACGUCGGUGCCAUCCAGCUUGGGACAUCAUACUACACGGGCGACGCUGACAAGCUCACAAUCGGCCUACCUGAAGACACCGAGCUGCGCCAUUCGAUGGUGCGCGACAAGCUGAUGGAGAUUAUGAGAGCAUCUCUAAAAUAUGCCUUCACUCACAGAUCUGAGGAUGACGCUCAUCUCCGCGAGUUGACUGAGACAUGUUUUGCGGCUUGCAACAGUGUUGGCGACAAAGACUUUCUCUUCGACGAAAUGUACGAGUGGUACGAGGAGGCCAGCGUGGAAGGCAUCUUCCUCGAGACCAUGGAGCCUUACAUCCUCGAGAAGAGCAUUACGACCGUACCGCCGACUGUGGUCAAAUCGACUGUCACGCACUACGUCACAAAGGGCUGGGAAAGCCGACUCGAGGAAAUGAUUGUUCACAUGGACACCAUGACGUUAGACCUGGAUCAGAUCACACUACUGUGUAAGCAGCACAGCCUCUACGACGCCCUGAUAUAUGUCUGGAACCAGGCAUUAAACGACUACAUCACACCAUUGAUCGACCUACUAACCCUUCUGGUACCUCUCAUGAGCAACGGCGACUACAUGUCCUCCGGGAAUAUGGAUGACGAGAUAUAUGGUGUGAACGCCUUGAAGAUGUUUCCCUAUCUCUCGUAUACUUUGACUGGCAGAGUGUACCCAACAGGCGAGACCAUGGAUGAUGCAGUUGCCUCAAAAGCUAAAGCUGAGAUUUACUGGUUUCUGUUUUCAGGAAACAGCGUUACGUGGCCCAAGGGCAGCAGUCGGCGGUUUCUCACACGGCCGGAUCAGCACACCGAGCCAUCAUUCCCGUAUCUCAGGUUGAUUCUGAAGUUCGAUGCUCCAAGUUUUCUGAGUGCCGUCAAUGAGGCCUUCGAAGACUCGUUUUUGAACGAUUCUCCCGAGAAACAAGUUAACGGCGGCAUUAGAGGCGACGUCCCUGAAGAGCAAAUAUUUGGGCUCACGGUCGAUCGUCAGUACAUUGUCUCCAUCCUACUGGAGAUCAUGAAUCCGGCGGACUUCGCGGCAGAGGACACCAUCUAUCUCGACAUGUUCAUCGCUCGCAACUUGCCCAAGUUCCCUCAGUACUUGCUUUUCCCCGGCUCGACUCUCACGAAGGUGUUGACCGGGCUCUGCAACUACCCGGGAGCUGACCUAGCCGAAGACGCACAACUCAGUGCCGAGUACUUGCUUUCGAUAUACCAACCGCCCGAUACAAGCGAGCUGAUCCCGAUGUUCAAGAAAGCAGGCUUCUAUCGGAUAUUGAAGAGGCAAUACAAGGUUGACAAACAGUAUGGCAAGCUGGUCCAGACUUACUUCGAAGACCCCGCUGACCGGGAUGCCGUCUUUGAAUGCAUCGGGGACUGUCUUCGGCCACAUAGUGGCCUGAAUCGCCGACAGGUGCAAGAGGUCCUCGAAGCAAUCAAGAGUAACGCCAGGGAACUUCUCGGGACCAACCCUCCCGAAGCGGCGAGAGUCUUGGCAGCGCAAUCUGUGGACAUCCUUCAACACGUUCUCGAUUCUGCCGAAGACGCACCGGAGCUACAGUUUUUCUACUUGCGCACGCUGCUCGAGCCGGAGAAGCGAGACGGAGAUGCUCCCGCGAACCCAGACCGCGCCCUCAUCGAACGCUACGUCCGGCUCAUGUGCAAGUACGAUCCGUCUCACGUCUCAGACUACAUCGGGUUGGUCCAGUCUGUCAACCUCAGACUUGAUGUCUUGCUUCCUGCUAUGGAGGAGACCGGUGUGAUUGAUGCAGCCGUUGUUCUGAUGGCACGAGAAGGUCAAGUCAAGGAUGCAAUGGACAGGCUCGUGAAGCAUCUUGGUACCUUGGAGUCGGCAUUACAAGCCAUCCUGACCAGCGCUCAGAAGAAUACGUCGAUCGACAUGCAGUCGGGCGCCGAAGAAACUCUACGGGCGCUUCAGAAGUACGUUCAUGUGGGCAUCUGGCUUUGCCAGGGUCAAACGAAGUCAUCCAGGAAGGCGAACGGUGUUCAGUCCAAGAAGUCAAAGUCAACGACGGAGGUCCUGUCACCAGAUGAGGAGCUUUGGCUUAGUCUGAUUGAAGCCGCGGUACAGACGACGAGAUCAAUUUCCUCGACGAUUGAGUCGUCCAGCAGCAUGCCAAACGGUAUCGCUGCAGACGAGGCUCAUCACGAGAUCCCGGACAUUUUGGACAAAGAGAAGCUCUUGACGCUUUUGCGGUCGCUGGUGCAGCAUACCUUCACAGCUCUUCUGACGACAACCUCAAGUCCCACCGGAGCCCAGGCCAGCAACAGGCUUCUGAGCAAUGCGGGGAACAACCUAUCCUUCCUCCGCAUCCUCCGCGCCUUCCUAACGCGAGCAGCAGCAUCUUCGCCCAACCUAGCAGACCUGCGCUCGGUGUUGGCGUCGAUAUUCUCGGCAUACGCCUACGAAGAGUCCAUCUUGCGACUUUCGAACCGUCUCCUCGAGCGCAGCUUGUUCGUCAACGUCAAGCAAGCGGUCGACCUCCGACAACGCGGUUGGCGUCCCAGGGGUUCCACAUGCGAAGCCUGUGGCCGCCGCAUCUGGGGCCCCGGCGUCUCCGGCAACGUCUUUGAGGCGUGGGAAGAAAAGCAGGCGCGCGAUGAGCAGCUUAGAACAGAGAAGAAGGCGCAGAUCGCCUCGACGGAUAAACGCGGCAAGGGCAAGGCGUCUCCGGACUCCGAGGCGUCCCAAGCCGUGUACGAUUCCAAGGGCAAGGGCAAAGCGGCGGCCGGUGUGCCGGGCCCGGUUGGUGGAGAAGCAGGAGGAGGGGGCGCGGGUGCAGAAGGUGACGCGGACGGCCAGCGGGAUGCCGUGGGAAGACCCGGAGAACAGCCGCUCGGCCCGCUGGUCGUGCUGGCUUGCAGACACAUUUACCACCAGAGCUGUCUGGAUGCUUAUCAGGCAAGACUGGACGUCGAGGGACAGACGCGCAGGAUCGAGAGCCAUGCGAGGGAGUACAGGUGUCCGAUUGAUGGAUAG